AAAAAAUUGAAACGUCUGUUGUCUAAAUAAAAAUUUAGUUUUGAUCAUUUUUCUCCUCAACUUAAUCGUAUAAAUGAUUACUUUGGCCGCAUUUUAUCGCUGUAUUUUUUUUUUUUACAUAACUCAUAACGUGAUCCUCUGUAAUAAGUAAUACCCCCAAUUUCGAUGCAAUUAUGUCCAGUUUAAGUUUUAUCCAAGAUCGAACUACUUCACUUCUUCAAAAAAAAAAAAAAAAAAAUACUUCUCUUGACCAAAAAAUUCAUUAACAACAAUCACCUCGAAGGUGCAAUUAUCAGAGACUUGCAUAAUAAAUAAAAAUAUUCGUUUUAAUUUUCACCCAUUUUUACUUUUUUUAUUAAUAUUUACAUCACAUAAGGUCGACGUCAUAUGCAUAUUUAUAUUGCGUAACUUGUUAAAGUUUGUUUUUAAUAUAAAAAAUAUAAAUGUGUGCAGAUGAAGACCUGUGCGGACUUUUCAGACUCUGUGGGCUAUUACCCCCAGCCAGGCCAUUAUCAUCAUUAAUCCAAACCACAAAACAGAAACAGAAACUGAAGAAGAAGUUGUUUUGUGUUGUAUGUACAUUGUACAUGUCUUGAAGAUACAAUUGAAAGUUCAACAUAAACUACGCUGAUGACAUACACAAUCAGAUUCAGACGGGUAUUCGAUAUGACCAGCUUUAUUAAUUUUGUUGUUGUUGUUGGAUUUGGUUGCAACUUUUGUACUGAUGCAAAAACAAAAAAAAAAAAACUUGAAGCCUGGGGAAAGCAAAAGACAUAUACAAAACCUACCUAACCAACUAUCGUGUCUAAAAAGCAGUAUAGUUCGUCAAAGAAAGUCAAUUAAAUCGUUAACACAAUCCCUACUUGAGGCCAAAGUUGCUAGGGUCUCACACAGUAUUGAAGAAAGAUCAUUCACUUUCUAUAUUCAUUCGUGUUGAAGAGAUCUCGUAGUGGGAGACAGUUAAAAGCUUAUUCUCAACCGGUACACGAACAGUUGAAGACUUCAAGCCGACGAAGAACUCUGCUCUCGUGAACGCGUAUUCGUGCAAAUCUGUUUGAUUUUAAGUGAAAAAGUAUUAAAAAUAUAAUUAUUUUUGUUUCAAAAUGAAAUCUGUCAUUUGUUUGCUUGCUGUUAUCACUGUUGUUGCCUGCUAUCCACAACGUGAAGGAGCUGCCUAUACAAAUGAAGCCAUUCGCCAGGCGCAGCAGACUUUUUUGAUACCAAAAGAUGCACAAAUUCAACAGGUGCAAGAAGGAAUUGAACUAGGAGCCUAUGAACAAAUUCCCGGAAAUCAGAAGAUCAAUCUUUUUGAAAUCCUUGGUGAUCAAGUGCCAUCGGAAGUGAUUAAUAAUUUGCAAGCGCAAGUUGAUCAAAUUGGAAGGAAUUAAAAGAAAAAAAAAGUCUUCUUUAGAAGUUUAGUAGUUGUCUAAUUGAAUUGUUAAUGUUAUAAAAACCUUUUGU